UGAUUAAUAGGUUUGCUGCAUUCCUGAACUAUACAAACACCUAAUGUUGCUAACAACAUUGUGUAUUUGUUUUUCCAUAAUAACACGUUCCUUGUUCAGUUGUGUGUUUCUAAACAUGCAAGGCAAUGAGGAACAUUUAACCAAAGGGCUAAAGGUUGAUGUUUGCAAAACAAUGAUCUUCUGCAGCCCAUUCUACUUCCCUGACAACAUACAAUUGAAGCCAUAACUUGUUCUUACAACAAAUGAGAACAGGUCCACACGAGCCCUGCAAAUGCCAUUAGGUGAAAAUACCUACAGUUGCUGCUUGAACACAUACAGAAAAAGAGAUCCUAACCUUAUCUGGUUCACAGGUGAUCAUAAUGGCAGAUAAGAAAAUAAGAGAGGCAGAGAAGUCUCCUAUGACCAUAUCAUUUAAUGCCAAGGAGGAAAGUCUGCUUAAAAAGAAAAUUCUAGCAUUGGAGUCUAUGAAGAAGCAAGCAGCAGAUUCACUGAGCCUUGAUCAAAAGGUUCUCUACAAUCGAUUUACCUUGAAGCUUAGAAGGUCAGAAUUAGCACAUGCUAGACUAGUUGGGAACAAAGCCAUGAUCAAACAUCUGACCAAUUUAAAUUUUAAUACUAUCCUGGAUGCUGAAUCUGGAAAGGAACUGAGAAAUAUACUGAAAAAUGGCAAGCCUCUAAGAGCAGCAUCUGCACCUUGUAGGCCACUAUCCAUGAUGUCCUUCAAGUCAGAUAAAGAUAUGAGAUACGUAAAAGAUGGCCAAGUAACAAAUCGUGAAUUAUUAGAUUUUGGUCAUUUUAAAACCAAUAGAAAAUCUCACAGACCACAUCAUAGAUUCUAUUCUGCACCUGGAAUUAGACAAACUGGACAAAAGCAAGUUCAGAUCCAUGAUUUCAGGGAAGAUGAAUGUGAGCACACAAACCUGAUCAUGACUGCUCCCCCUCAUUUACAAACAAAUCCCACGACAACAAAUGAAGCUAUUCUGAGCGAUGGCGAAAGUUACACAGAAACUCUGAAGAUCAAAGAAGUGCCAGAAACAUUUUCAAUCACCGUAGAUAAAGCUAAACAUGAAAUGCACGGGCCAGAAAACUCAAGCCGGGUAAGAAAAAGAUCUAAAAGCACCACUUUUCAUUCUGUCGGUGAUAGAGACAAACUUGACCUCUCAUUGGAAUCAAAGUUAAAAAUCACAUCCGAUAAAGACAUGGACUCUAAAAACAAGGUUAAACUGUUUGUGGAAAAGAUACAAUCCCUACAGCAACAAGACUCAACAUUAAAGGACUACUAUUCUCAGAGAAUGUUGGCCGGGGCAAAGAAAAAAGACAUCUCAACCCUGAGCGACGAAGUAGAAGAGCAGAGACAAUGGAUGCCUUCAGGAGAAGAGAGGCAACAAAGAAGUAUGACAAUAAAGAAAUUGGAUCGAAAUUUCACGAGAAAAGAUAUACCUAUUGAUAUUUUGUUUAUGGAGCAAUAUAAUUCAUUGCUAACCAAAGAAAAUUUCACUGUAAGACGCUGGUUCAACAAUAAUCCUUAUUUGCCUGCCACACAAGUUCAGUUGUCUGGCUAACAUCGUGUUCUUUUGUAUGUGGAAUAAUGCUGUGUUUCACUGUAUUUAGGUAGAUUGUGUUGACUCUAGAAUAUUGUAAGCAUUCAUAGUGCAUGUGCUGCCUCGGGAUCUAAUGCAGAAAAAUAAUCUUUAACAUUGAUUAUAUUCUAUUUUGCUGAAAAUAUAAUAUAAAUUAUAUAGCCAUGAUGUUGUAGAUUUUGAUCUCCAUGAUAGAUUGCUAUAGUUAAAAACUCGCUCUACCUUUUCGCUAUCCCUGCUAUGCCCCUUUUGUCAAAAGCUUUUGGGGCUGCUAUCAUCAGGGAUUUUGUUACUGGUUUGAACCAAAAUAUCAUAUAACCUGUUUUUCCUGGUUUUAAGUUCAUCAUUUCACGUGUGACACGUGUAACAUUAAAUUGUUAGACCUGUCUAGAUUUGUACAAGUUCACCUUGGAUUUAGCAAACAUGCUCCUUGUCAUUAAUCCAUGUGAGUGAAUAUAUCCUGGAAUGGUUUGAUUAAUAGAGUGAAUCCUGUAUCGCCGUCUCUAAUAUAUAAACGGAAGCAGAGUUAUAUAUAAUGCACUGUCGGGGUUAUUUACUAAGAAUGCAAAGGGAAUUUCAAAUUUAAAGUCAGAGUAGUUGAAACUGAAAGUAUAGCUGAAUUAGAGAUGUUUUUUUCACUGCAGCUAAAAUGUGAACUUCCCUCUGAAUGAUCACUUUAGGAAAAAAACUUUGUGUGAUUAGUACAUCGUGCACAGUUACAUGUUGUAUGCGAAGCUUUUAACAUGGCAUUAACAUUACUUGUCAACAAUUUAGUGAAAUUACAUUUGGAAAUUUUGAUGCUAAACUAAUGGUAAUAUUUAAUUUCUCUGUUAAUUGUUACUGGAUCAAAGGUCCAGUAAAUUAUUAAAUUUAAUUAAAUCCCAACCAUUUUCAUCCACCUUUAUAUCUGCCAUAUCACAGCUUUGUCUCUUAUCCUUAUCCUUUUCUGUUUUUACCUUUCUCACCCUAAUAGUUAUUUAAUUAUAAACCAUCACCUGAUUUUUUUUUUUGUAUGCGGUUCCCUUACCCAAAUUAUCUUCUUAGGAGCAGACGAUCCUUAAAGGAGCACUCCAAGUACCAUAACCACUAUUUCAAAUAGAGAGUCAGAAGCUCAUAAGCAGGAGCUUUUAUUAGCUCUCC